AUGUUCUUCAACUUCUCCGUCACGAUUCUCAUACUGAUUGCAGUGAUCUCAUUCUCAUUCUACAAACUGGCAUCAUUAUGGAUUUUUCGCCCCAAAUCGAAUUCUCCUGGUCGUUCAAUUCCAUCUGCAACAUAUACGCUGCCUUUAGGUAUUGACCUGAUGUACCGAGCAUUCCAACAUAUGCGCAACCAUACCUUGUAUGAAUGGACAAAUGAGAUUCUUCAAGUGCCAGGUCGGACAAUCGAGCUGAACCUGAUGGGCUCCCGCAUGGUUCUCACUGAUCACCCUGAAAAUGUCAAGACGAUCAUGUCUACGCAAGCGAAGGUCGCGAUGGAAAUCUUCCUCGGACAACUUCCAGGCGUAAUGGACAAGGAGAGCGAGCAGUUUACCAAUGCAGUGAAUAGACUAUUGCAUAUUAACUCGAUUCGCACGAUUUUUGGACCCAUUGCUCUUCUCUGCCCUGACUGGGUUUUUGAGCCACAAGCCUACAAAGAUUAUAAAACGUACCUCGAGCGUCUUGUCUCUGAAAACGUGGUGCAAGACAAAGAAAGAAAUACACUGAAGGAUGGAAAUGAGUUGAAUCUCAUGAGGGCGUUAAUUUUGAAUCAAGUUGGCGUCAAGCAAGUCAGAGCGCAGCUUGUAGCUGUGGUAGUAGCCGCAAAGGAUCCUCCUUCCAUUGCUAUGUCGUGGAUGGUAUAUGAGCUGGCACGACAUCCGGAAGUCGUGCAACGCUUACGGGAGGAGAUUCACAAAGUCGUUGGUUUUACCACACCUCCAACAGCUGGACAACUUAAGCAGAUGCCCUUUCUCCAGAACGUUAUCAAAGAGACAUUACGUCUAUACCACCCAUUGGGAAUGAACAUCCGCCACGUGAAGGUUAACACAUCCUUCCCGACUGGUGGCGGCCCUUCCGGCCGSGAGCCGGUGCAUCUCCUGGCAGGUGAACGAGUUGCGUACUCUGUCAUGGGUCUACAGAGAAAUCCAGACAUCGUCGGGCCCGACGCUGACCAGUGGCGACCUUCCAGGUGGGAGACGUGGACUCCCAGCACUUCAGAAUUCAUCCCUUUCAAUAUGGGGCCUCGAAUUUGCCUUGGACGAAAUCACGGUUUGCAACAGAUUGAGUACGUGUUCGUACGGCUGUUACAGGAGUUUGAGAAAGUGCUAUGCACGAAUGAGAGGGCGCCAGGCAUCAAGGUAGAGAUGAAUACCAAGCCAGCGGAGCCGAUCAUGUGUCAAUUUAAGUAG